UGAUUGGGUGUUUCUUGGCCGUCAACCGAGAAGCAUCUCCGGCUCGCGCUGUGCCAGCUGUCCUCGCGCACUCUGCUGGUGCUCGGACCGACGUGAAGAAGCUGCGGUGGAGGAGGACGGUGUCGGAAUCCACAAAUAUAAACGGCUUGCACACAUCAGAUCAGCACCUGGCUACAGUGAACAACUUUUUAUCCCAGAAACAGAGGAACAGUCUCCAUCAUCCUUCAGAGCUGAUUGCAUCUUCUUUGAUGAUUUUAAGCUGCCUCUGAAGAAACUAGCCACUGCUGAAUUGGAUUGAUCUGUUCUGCGUUGGCACAUUUUAGAUUAUGGCUGCUAACAUGGGGUCCAUGCGCAUCCUCAUCAAGGGAGGGAAGGUGGUCAAUGAUGACUUCACACAGGAAGCAGAUGUUUACAUCGAGAAUGGCAUCAUACAGCAGGUUGGGAAGGAGCUGAUGAUACCAGGUGGAGCUAAAGUUAUAGAUGCUUCUGGAAAGCUGGUGUUACCAGGUGGAAUCGACACCUGUGUGCACUUGCAGCAGACGUUUAUGAACGCCAGCAUUCAGGACGACUUCUACAGUGGGACCAAAGCGGCUCUGAUGGGUGGUACCACCAUGGUGAUGGCGCUGGUCCUGCCUGAACAACACUGCUCCCUGCUGGACGCUUAUGAGACGUGUCGCACUCUGGCAGACGCCAAAGCAUGCUGCGACUACGCUCUGCAUGUUGGGGUGACCUGGUGGGGACCAAAGGUACACAAUGAGAUGGAGACCCUGGUGAGGGAGCAUGGAGUGAACUCCUUCCAGAUGUUCAUGGCCUAUAAAGACAUGAUGAUGCUGCGGGAUUCAGAGCUUUAUCAGACACUGCAGACCUGCAAGGACAUUGGGGCAAUUGCACGUGUGCACGCUGAAAAUGGAGAGCUCGUGGCAGAGGGUGCCAGAGAGGCUCUGGAUUUGGGUAUCUCUGGACCAGAAGGAAUAGAAAUAAGUCGACCAGAGGAGCUUGAGUCUGAGGCUACCCACAGGGCCAUCACGAUCGCUAACAGGGCCCGCUGUCCCAUCUACCUUGUAAAUGUGUCCAGUAUGCUUGCUGGAGACAUGAUUGCUGCUGCCAAGAUGCAGGGUAAGGUGGUCCACGCUGAGAUCACUGUGGCUCACGCUGUGCUGAAUGGGAACCAGUAUUACCAUCAGGAUUGGGCCCAUGCCGCUGCUCAUGUCAUUGUCCCUCCUCUACGCCUGGACCCAAACACACCUAGCUACCUCAUGGGCCUGCUGGGAAAUGACACACUGAGUGUCGUGGCGUCAGAGCACCGUCCAUUCAGCACCAAGCAGAGAGCUUUGGGCAAAGAAGAUUUCUCUAAGAUCCCUCAUGGAGUGGCUGGGGUGCAGGACAGGAUGAGUGUCAUUUGGGAGAGAGGCGUGGUUACAGGAAAAAUGGAUGAGAAUCAUUUCGUGGCUGUGACCAGCUCUAACGCAGCAAAGAUCUACAACCUGUAUCCCCGCAAAGGACGCAUCAUCCCCGGAGCCGAUGCUGAUGUGGUGGUCUGGGACCCUGAUGCAACAAGGACGAUCUCUGUGAGCACCCAGGUGCAGGGUGGAGACUUCAACCUGUACGAGGGAAUGCGCUGUCAUGGCGUGCCUCUGGUCACCGUCAGCCGAGGACGUUUGGUGUGUGAGAACGGUGUGUUUAUGUGUGCCGAAGGAUCCGGGAAAUUCUACCCACAACGCACUUUUCCUGACUACCUCUAUAAGAAGAUGGUGCAGAGAGAAAAGAAUCAGGCCUAUAAAGGAGUAGAAAGGGAUCCGUACUCUGGUGAUGUGGCCAAGGUUGCAAACACAAUGAAGAAGGAGCUUGGUUUGGGUCCCAUCGAUGGAGAUUCACCAAACAAACCCAGUGUUCGGUUGCACCAGGGGGUCCGAGACCUCCAUGAGUCCUCCUUCAGCCUGUCAGGUUCUCAAGUUGACGACCACAUCCCGAAGAGGUCCUCUGCUCGGAUCCUGGCUCCUCCUGGCGGCCGCUCCAGUGGUAUUUGGUAAUCCGUGGUGUUGGAGUUUAAACUGUUUCAACCUCUGUGUUUUUAUUAUAUUUCCAAGCGACCAGGAAAACUGUACUGAUUUUAAACAACAGUAAAAAUGGGUAAAACAAAUCCAAGUGUAAGUCUGACCUAUUUAUUAAUUGGUGGUUUGCAAAAGUAUUUAUGGUUAUCCGGAGUGAGCUGCUCAAUAACAUAAAAUCAAAGGGCUGUCUUUGAAUUUAAAAUGUGUUUUUCAAAUUCUAGCUCAUUUUAAUAGCAUAAUUCAGUGGUACUUGUUACAUUUAACCAAUGAAAGAUAAAAACCAGUACAGUCUUUAAUGGUUCAAAAUAAAGUGACAGAAUUAUUUAAAGAUAAGUGAAUAAAACCUGUCACUGACAACCAUCCAGUACACUGUAGACACCAUAGCGUUAUAGUUUGUUGUGAUGUGUAUGGAUCCUGUUUGUUAUUGACGACCCCGCUCUGCCCGGCCUCCUGCCGCACCAUCGGCUCCACUGAGAGUGUUGUUGUUUCCAGUGGACCAACAGUUCUGUGUGGUGAUGAAAUCCAACUGCUUCUAACACUCUAUCUGUAUUUACACUUCCACUGCCUUUAACUGAACCAACACGUCCUUUAAACACCCUGCCUCACCUGAAAUGCUUGGAGUUUUCUGGGAUGGUAAGUUUUGUCCCAGUUAUGAUUUCACAAAAGCUAAAUGUUGGUAUUGCUCUUAUCUUGCGUGUGGGUUCUACUGACCUUGUAGAGUAACUAAGGGGAAAACAGGUUAAAGUUCAUUUCUGGGUUAAAUAGUUUCUGUUGUCAUUGUUGUUUUGUUAACCAGAUUAUGACAAUGGUGUUUAUUGUAAUUCACAUGAAUGGAGGGCGAAUACAGUCCCUUCUCAUUCCAGAGAGAUUACAUUGAGCCAUCGGGCUGGAAACAAUAAACAAGGAGCCUCAUUUCUCAAACCAUGCUCUAAUAAAGAUCAGAAAUGCAACGGUUUCUUUCUAUUUACCAUGUCCUGCAAGGUGCUUUUAAACAUGUACAGUAGCAGUCUCAAGUGUCUCUAGUAGGAAUUAGUCUCUGUGUUUACAGUUUUCUACCACUGGCAGCUUGCUUUUUGCAUAAUUCUGUGGUUUUUAACUCUGUUUAUGCAUUUAAUAUAAUUGAGGCCACAAAUGUUAAAUAGAGAAAUCAUAACGUGAUCAAGUAUAACGUGAGGUUGUUGUUACAGCAGAAAGAUUGAGCUGCACAGGCUGAAAGCUGAAGAAAACCACUGAUCCUCUCACCUCCUGAUGAUGUCUCAUUCCUACCUACCAGUAUUAUAUUUAUGCAUAGUCACAUUCUCAUGUGUGGGUACUCUAUAAAUUUAAAAGUAAUUGUUUUUAUUUUGUGAAAAGAUUAAAUGUGCCAAUGGGAAUCACCUGUGCCACACUGUUAACACUGCAUGGAGGGAACCACUUACACCGUGUCUCCAUCGAAAGUCACAGGUUCAUAAAAACUGGUGCUUUUUCUAAGAUUGUUUACAACUGUUGUCACAUUGUUGGACAUUUAUGUGUUUUGUUGAGGGCGCUGUGAUUCAGUGGUCGUGUUUGUGGAGUCGUGUUGGAAAGUGAACCUGUUAAAUCUGUAAGUGGCUGCUUGUUUCUUACCACAAGAAUAACAGUAACUGAAUAAAGAUUACAAAAAAUAUA